CUCGUGUGGCAUGACGUCGGUCGUUGACGCGUCCAAAUCGCCCAGCGACUUGAGCGCCUACGAGCUCUUCUUGCUGCCGAACGCGCUGGAAGUGCUCUUGGUGCAUGCUCCACCGACGCUAUCGGCGCCACGAAGCGGCGAGGACGAGGUGAGCGAAAUGGCGGCUGUCUGCCUCACCGUGGGCGUUGGUACAUUUGCCGACCCGCCGCCGCUCUUGGGCUUGGCGCAUUACUUGGAGCACAUGCUCUUCUUGGGCAGCGCCAAGUACCCGCAAGAGAACGCGUUCGAGGCCUACCUCAGCCGCUACGGGGGCUACAGCAACGCAGCGACGGACUGCGAAAUGACCAAGUUCUUCUUUGAAGUCGCACCACACGGCCUGCUGAAAGCGCUCGAUAUCUUUGCCAACUUUUUCAUCGCGCCCCUUCUUCUCCUAGAGUCCAUGGACCGCGAGUUGGUUGCAAUCGACGAUGAAUUUCAAUCGGCAAACCAGCACGAUCGCGUGCGCUUGCAGCAAGUGCUCUGUGACGCAGGACGACGCGAUGGCUCGACGCACCCGUACCAUCAAUUUGGGUGGGGCAAUUCCGCGAGUCUCAAGGACGCAAGCAACGAGCCGAUCAACGUGCGAGUGGCACUUAACGAUUUCUUCAAGCAGCACUACACGGCGGGGCGCAUGAAGCUGGCCGUAUGCAGCUCCUUGCCGUUGGCGACCAUGGCGGAGUGCGUCCGGAAUUCGUUCGGCGCCAUUCCCAGCUCGACUGCGCCAGGCCUGUGGUAUCCGCCGCUCCCGCGACUGGCGCCCCCUGGCCGACUGCUCACGUUCGAGUCCAUCUCGGAGACGCAUGCGUUGCACCUCUUCUUCGCGUUGCCGCCGACGACCAACGGCCGGGACCGCCAGUCGCAGCUCGCGGCGGCUGAAUACCUUCGGUAUGUGUUGCGGCACGAAGGCAGCAAGUCGCUUCUUCACUACUUGCACCAAAAAGGGUGGGCGACGGCGAUCGAAGCUGGUAUCGCCGAGACACAAGGCUACGAGCACGGCUCGUAUGGCUCCAUCUUCGAGGUUCAGAUCGACUUGAGCCUUCUCGGUGUUGCCCACUGGGACAUCAUUGUGACACACGUGUAUUCCAUUCUACACUACUGCCAGCACACGUCCAACUGCCCGAGCUGGAUCCACGCAGAAUUCCAAGCGACCGCCAAAGUCGCGUUCGCCUUUCCUGCGCCCGUCGACCCCAUCAGUCGCGUCCAGGCUCUUGCCACGUACAUGCUCGACCGCCUCGACGUCGACCGGAAGGAGCUGCUCGGCCUGCAUCUGGGACCGUGUCUGUACCAGCCCUUCAACCCCGCAGCCAUCGCAACGCUGCUCACAUUCAUGGUACCCACCAACAUGCAGGUGGCGCUCGUCACAACCGUCCACUCGUCCGACAUUCGACGGCUACACGACCGGUCGCCGUGCACGGAACCCUGGGGACGUAUUGCAUACGAGACGGCUCGGAUCCAGCCAAAGCUCCUUGCGCGAUGGACAAUGGCGACGCCGGCGCCCUACCGGCUGCCGAGAGCCAAUCCUUUUAUGCCCACAGACUUUACGAUCGAAGCCGAGACGUCGGAUGCCACGCCGCUGCGACUGGACGUCCCUGGACGCCAUUGGCUCCAACGCAGUACCUUGUCGCCGCGCGUCACCGCCUUUUUCCAGCUCGUGAUGCCGUUCGGCCAAGCCUCUGUGGACACCCACGCACGUCUUCUGGUCUACGUCCGACUUGCCGAGCUUCGACUGCGAGAAACAAAGUACUUCGCGCAAUGCGCCGAGAUGGACGUCAACAUACGCGUGCAAGACGGCAGCAUUCACGUGAGCGUUGCUGGCUACCGCCACCACCUGCCAUACCUCGUGACGACCCUCUUUGACGCUCUCACACGGCCGGAGGUCCCUCGCACCGUCGAACUCGAUCCCGUCGUCGAGUUGCUCUGCGCCGAGCUCGCUAGCGACGUGGCCGACGUCGGGGCCAUGGCCACCUACAUCCGCCUCCAGCUACUCGAUGCGAGCCCUGUGCAGCACGCGCUCGACGAUGUUCUACGCGCCCUACGAUCCUUGACGAUAACGGAUGUAUCUGCCUUCAUCUCGUCACCACAGCUCUUUGCCCGAGCGCACUUGACCAGCUUUGUCGCUGGCAACGCCUCCAAAAGCACGGUCGUGACGCUCGCGCACCAACUUGUCGGCAUGCUGUCGAUGCCAGAGACGCUGUCGCCGAGGUCCCAUGCGCUGUACAGCCCCAAGCGCCUCCAGACGUCGACGCUGCCCGUCCAUGACGGCCGCGGGCUCCUCGUUCGCGUCCUCAGCGCUCGCACGGACGACGUCAACAGUUGCGUCGAGAUGUACUUUCAGUGCGGUGCGCUCCAUCCCAAAGAGUUAGCCAUUCUCAACGUUCUUCGGCAGCUCAUGAAGGAGCCGCUGUUCCACCACCUGCGCACGCUCGAAUCCAUCGGCUACCACGUUGCUUGCUACGUCAAGGUGACGCACAAUGUGCUCGGCUAUGCCAUUGUCGUCGAGUCGGCGACGUCGAAUGCAAGUGCGAUCGCCCGCCGCUUGGAUGCCUUUCUGCAGACGACGUUUCCAACUAUCUUGCGCGCCCUCUCGCCCGACGCGCUAGCGCUUCGACUCGACGCCAUUCGCGCCAUCUGGCAGCGUCCGUCGGUGCCGCACGAGGUGUGGGCGGCGCUCCUCACUGGCCAAAACGGCAUCGAUGACGCGGCAAUGCAAGCGGCUGUGCGUGCGGUGACGCACCAGGACUUGCUUGCAAAGUACGACGAUUGGUUCUUGACAUCGGCUCGGAAGCUGCGGGUGCAUGUCGUGGGCCAAGACCACGCAGUGCCAAAUGUCCCGCUCGAGACGCUCGUCGACGCCUCGGCCGCACCGAUCCUGAUUCAAGAUAUUUCUCGGUUCAAGCAGCGGCAGCCGGCUACGCCCUAGUUCC